GCCACGAAUACGAUUGUCCAAUAUUCCAAACUAUGUGAACUUCACGACAGGUUUGUCCUUGGUGCUUAGGGCUUAUAACAGACAUGAACCAGUUGGGGAUAUCAGAGAUUUUGACAUUUCAGUUCAGACAAUGUUAUUGUUGACCAAGAAGGAUACACAUUACAAAAGCAUCUGAAGGGCACUUAAAGGAGUUGCUUUGCUUAGUGGUGGAGUCCUCUGAGGCUCACUUUGGAGCCACCACAAAGAAAAUGCCGCUAUGUCCCAAAGAAGAAGCACUUGUUAAACUCUUCUACAAUGUCUCUAGCCCUUUCCAGCUUCUCUUCCUCAUUCUCUUCUCCUCUGCCGUUUUCCUUGUCACCUUCUUAACCUUCACAGGCAGAUUCCCCUUAAUCCAAAGGGAUCAAGAAUAUGAAUAUGUGUAUACCGAGGAUGAAGAAGAAGAGGAAGAAGAAACUCAAGAAGGGUAUUCUUGUGUUGAUUCUACUGACAGAUUAGAAGUAACUUGUGGCAAGGAGACUCGUGUGUUUCUGCACAAUGAGGGGCAUCAGAGGACUCAUUCUUAUUCGGAAGAAUUCAUAAGCCCCGAGGAGAGCUUGAAUGAAGAGUCAGAAGAAAAGCAUUAUUCUGAAACGUUGUCUCUCCAUAACUCAGCACAAGUUUCUGACUUCGAAAAUGAAGAAGCGGAAACGGUUCAAGUAGACUUUCCAGCAAGAGAUGCCGAUUCUGCCCAGGUUGAAAGAAGGACCACCUCUCCCAUCAACCUCACCGCAUACAAAAGAAACAAAAACCGUGACGACGAUCAUGUUAGCGUUGAAAUUAUUAAAAACAAGAAGGUGCAAGAGACAAACCUUGCAAGGGAUGAGAGAUUCUUUGUUUUUGCUUCUACCCAAUUGCAGAGUAAGAAGUUAAUGAUUGAAGAGAGGGAUGAUGAGUCCUCGAAAUGGAAGAGCUCCAUCAUUGGCAGGGAUUCUGAUACUGAAGACGCAUUUUCUUCUUCAUCAAGAAGAAGUUGCCCCAAGUGGGAAUCAUACACAUUGUUCCAAAAAUAUGAUGAAGAGAUGGCAAUCCUAGACAGAAUUAGUGCACAGAAACAUCAUGAAACUGAGUCAUUAAGGUCCAUCCAAAUGUCUCCAAGAUCAAUGUCAGAGCGUAUUGUGUACAAGUUUCAAAAUGUAAAUAAAAAGCCCGCUGAGGUUGGUCACAACCCAUAUCGUGAACUAGAGGCUGCAUAUGUUGCACAAAUUUGUUUAACAUGGGAAGCCCUUAGUUGGAACUACAAAAAUUUUCGUUCCAAACAUGCCUCACGCCAGGAUCAUGAUACCGGUUGUUCUGCCACCGUUGCACAGCAAUUCCAGCAAUUUCAGGUUUUGUUACAGAGAUACAUUGAGAAUGAGCCUUAUGAGCAUGGCAGGAGACCUGAGAUCUUUGCUAGAAUGAGGCUUUUGGCACCAAACUUGCUCCUAGUGCCAGAAUAUCAAGAUUUAGAGGAGGAUCAGAAGGAUGGUGGUUUUCAAUGCAAAAUAUCAUCAGCUUCAUUUCUAAAGAUAAUGGAGGACGGGAUCAAGACAUUCAUGAAUUUUCUGAAGAAUGAUAAAGAGAAACCCUGUCAGAUCCUUGCAGCCUGCUUUAGGAGAAACCAAAGAGGCACGGUUGAUCCAGCACUACUCCGACUAAUGAAGAAGGUUAAUCAAAAGAAGAGGGUGAAGGUUAAGGAUCUUAACCAUGCAGGGAAAUGCUUGAGGAAGAGAAAGUUAAAGGUGGAAAAGGAUAUGGAUAUUUUGAUGGCACUCAUAGACCUAAAAGUGGUGUCAAGGGUUUUAAGAAUGCAUGACUUAAGUGAAGAGCAGUUGCACUGGUGUGAGGAGAAGAUGAGCAAAGUGAGAAUCAUGGAAGGGAAACUUCAAAGAGAUUAUUCCACCCCACUUUUCUUCCCCUCACAUUGACCCCUCCAGAUGGUAUAAUUUGGUGACUGGAUGAUGAUUAUACUUAACUGCACCAGAGGAAUAUCCGAAUAUGCACAGCACUCUUCUGUAUUGUUAGAUUAAAGAAAAUGGAGCUGCCCUGCAAAUCAAAAUAAAAAAACAUGUUGAUUGUGGAGCCUAAAAUUCAGAGAAAAGAGAUAGAGAUGAAUGUUUAUGUUGUUGAUGCAUUUUGAAGGUAAAAGAUCAGAGCCAAAUCAAGUAUCUACGUUUGAUUUGAGCUGAAUCAAAAGAAGAAUGAACAAGGCUGCAACUGUGCCACACAUGAAAGUUGAAUAAAACCAUAGUCUUAAGGAGAAAUAAAUAGAGAAAAUAAUACGAACCAAUGGCAGGCCUAACUGUCUACAAGUUACUUGUAAAAUUAAAUUUACAGCAGCAUACAAUACGUUAUAAGAAAUUAACAAUAAGAAUUUUUAGGAGUAUUCAAAAUUGUAUAUUGACAUUCAAGUUCUAGUUGACUCCAAAAUACAAUAAAUCAUGUCUCU